AUGGCCAACAUCCUCGACAGCGAAGCGGGCACGGAGCUCUUCAAGCACUAUGAGACAGAAUACCAGCUGGUCCAGGCCGAUCUGGUCCAAAAGCUCGACCAGAUCUCGGAGCUGACGGGCGAGCCCAGGAAAGCCGCCCUCAGCACGGCCGAGCGCGCCCUGGAGGAGGCCGGCGAGCUGCUGGACCAGAUGAACAUGGAGAAGCAGAACGUGCCGAGCUCGUCGCGGACCGCCAUCAACAAACGACUGCGCGACUACCGGAGCGACGUGGACAAGUACCGCCGCAAGCUGCAGACGCUGGCCACGGACCGGAGCGCCCUGUUCGGCGGCAGAUAUACCGACAAUCCCGGCUCGUCGGGUGGCGAUAGGCAUUUUGAGCAGAGGCAGCAGUUGCUAUCAGGCACCGACCGGCUCGACCGGAGCACACAACGCCUCAAGGCCAGCCAGGCGCUAGCCGCCGAGACAGAGGCCAUUGGCGCCGGUACUUUGGCUGACCUGCACCGCCAGCGUGAAGUUAUUGAGCACACCACCACGAUACUAUACGAGAGUGAAGGCUAUGUGGACCGAAGUGUCAAGACACUAAAGGGCAUGGCACGCAG